AUGCCACCGUCCUUUCCCCAUGCCGCAUCUGUAAUCGAUCUUCUUGGGGACGUCUUCUUCACGAGUCAGACACCCCAGGAGUUCAUGGCCCUCUACUCUGCGUAUGCACCUGGCAACCCCGCCUCCCAUCUUCAGCGUUAUGCUCCCCAACACCCACCAACACCCUCCUCCCCCUCCCACCCUCGUUCCACGACCAGACUCUCGCGCCCACGCUACAGCAUAGCUACAUGCAGUGGAUUCAUCGACGACAAGCAGCGAUACUACGUCUUCGGUCUGCCUACGGACCCCGAUGUUGCCUGGCUGAGGAGACAGGGGUGGAUUGUGUAUGACGCGAGGUGGCUCGUGCACUCUCUCAAGCACGGACGCACCCUUCCACUCGCACAUUGGAUCAUCUCGGACGCGUAUCUCGAACAGCCAAUCUUCUUACCCGCUCGGCCAGAGACUUCUCAAGUGAGCAGUCCAGAGACCUUGGUCAACCCCUCGCCCCCCUGUGUCGGGCUUCCGAGCUCUGCCAUUCCGUUUGGACCUCGGACGCCUGAAUCUCCCCUUCCACUCAAGUGUCUUCCGUGCCAACAAGACUUCAUGACCAAGCCUGCUGUAUGGAGUAACGAGCGACCAUUGGGGUCUUCACCAACCGAACAGGGGUCUGCAGGAGCGAAGAGGAAGCUGGUCAAUGACCGAGAGGAGGUAGCGAAGAGCUAUAGCGAAUACGACACCGGAGGAGUCACCCCACCCUCUAUGCCACGCUCCACUGUCAUCUACCCUCACAAUACCAAGCCUGCUCCCAAAAGGCGCAAGCUGGGCCCCAUCACGAUAAUUCCUAGCUCUCCAACUCCGUCUCCAUCGUCUACUACCGCCACGUACCACAAUCCUGCGGUCAUCCCUCUCUCCUUGCCCAAAUCCAAACCAUCAAAAAGGACUGUGUACCCUCCGUCCAAGGGCAGGGCACGCUACCACAAGACUGGGGCAAGAUCGAAACCCAGCGACCCUGCUAGCCCGGACGUCUUCAGCGCGCCCCCUAUCACCCGAGGGGAGAAAGAGACCGAGUGUAUCAUGGCUGAAGAGGAUCAGGGUAUGGCAACCGUUAGCUCUGACGAUUCGGAAUGGUUGAAAUACCAGGAGAAACAGGGUGAGGGAAGAGAGAGCGAUGAAGUGCCGUGCUUCAGGUAUGAGGACAUUGUAAAGACAUUGGAGAGGGCCAAAGCGAAGAGGAUGACAGACUGGUGUCACGACAUAGCAGAGCCGUACUUGACUAGCUGA